GCCAUUUUUCGGGAUGAAAAUGUGUUCAUACAUCUACAGAGGUGAUAUCUAAGACAGUGUUAGGUAAAAUACCAGAGAAUCACCGACUCCCGCUUGUUGGCAUGCCUUUAAAAGGCCUAAAAUCACACAGAGGACGCGUUGAUGUCAAUCGAAAACACAUGAGUAAGGGGAUUCCCCAAUGCCAAAGGGAAUAGAAAAUUUAAAGUCAAUGUUAGUGGUGGGCAUGUCCUUUGCGGUGAUAACUCAAGAAUGGAUGUCACAUACAGAACAGGUAAUAAAACAAGAUAUCACACAUUGUCAUCAAAAUCAACUUUUGCAAAAAUUACUGGUCCAGAUCAAUUGAUAUCAUCAAUACCUUACACUGUGUAUUCUCAACUCAGUGCACUGUUGAUAAGAGACCGAAUAGAUUUAGCAGCGAAACUCUUCAACUUGACACUAGAAGAGGCAAUAUCACUAAAAGACAACACAGACCAUGAAUGCCAUGGUAUGGAUGCAAUUUUCCAACUGAUGAAGGAACGCAACGUGAAUCUUGGCCACCUAGUGGAAGUGUUGAGGGAGAUGCAGAGGUAUGAUGCCCUUAGUGUCCUCAUUAAAGCUGGCUAUCCUGACCAUCCAGAUCUUCAUCCAAGUGUUUCAGAGGAGGAGAGCUCAGAAGAGGUGUUAACCCUGUUGCAGAUGGGAAGCAGCCAUGUGAACCCCUGACAUUUUGAAGACAGUAC